AUGUGCAGGCGACCAAACCAAGAGAGCAAAAAUCGGAGGUUGCUGUCAUCUCUGCAAUCAUGGGCACGGUUUCGCUUUCCAUUUCUACGUCCUCGAGUGAACCACCCAUAUACAUUCCCACUCGUAACAAGGUGGAACCAUCCGGCAAGUUAUUAUGGAUUACCAUCUGAACUUGAAGAUAUACGGAUUUUAUUGGAGCAAUGGUCGGAAGCAGAAUUUCAAUGGACACCAUACGAGGAUCCGGCAGUCCGGGCAGUAAUCCCGGAAGAGUUUUUACAAAAUCCGAACGCUUGGCACGUGAAAGUGGUGUUGAUAAACUAUGCAACCGUGGAGCCCCACCAGACAGACAGAGUCCUACGACAGUUUAGAUGUAGACAACCGAUCCCUGCGGACCCUGAGGUGUUUAACGAGCACCACAAAAUCGACCUUCGGCUAUUAGCUACGGAUUGGACUAGAUACUGGUCAGAGUACAUAGAAAUGUGGGAAAAUCGGUAUGAGUAUAUGUAUAACACCUUGAAUGCAUUUAUGACCCAAAAAAUGGAUAUACCACAUUAA